AUGGACGUGGAGGAGCUGAUCGAGUCCAUCAUCCGAGCGGCCAUGUUCAUAGCGGGGGUCAUCGGCAACAGCUGGCUGGCCAUCAGCUCCAUCCCGUCCAAGAGAUCCAGCCUGAGCACCAACGACCUCCUCUUCAUCAACCUGGCCGUGUCCAACCUCAUCACCAACUACCUGGUGGACCUGCCCGACACCGUCGCCGACUUCGCCGGCCACUGGUUCCUGGGCGAGGCCUACUGCGGCGUCUUCCGCUUCAGCGCCGACCUGUCGGAGACCAGCAGCAUCUUCACCACCUUCUUCAUCAGCGCCUUCUGGCACCAGAAGCUGGUGGGCUCCCUGAAGCGGGGCGGCGCCCCCGUCAAGCUGGACAACCUGUCCCUGGUGGCCUGCCUGCUGGCCGGCAGCUGGACCACGGCUUUGGUGUUCAGCGUCCCGCACUUCUUCUUCGUGUCCGUGGACGGGACCAACGAGAGCGAGAAGGACUGCAUCGACGUCUUCCCCAACGACCUGUCCAGGAAAACCUACGACAUCUUCUACCUCACGCUGGCUAACGCGCUCCCUCUGGCUGGGUUGUUGACGGCCAGCGGUCAGAUCGUGCUGACUCUGCUCCAGAACCAGCAGCGCGUCAGGAGUCACGACAACCCUCCGCUCGGCAAGAACGACGUGAACCACCAGGCUCAGGGAAGGGACGUCGACGUGGUCUCUGGACCGAGCAGCGGAAGUGCAAACCACAUCUACACGGGCGUCUCCGGUCCGGAAGCAGGCCAAGGCUCCACCUUACACCCAGACCCUGCCAGGGCGUCCAAGGUGCAAGGGAAGCCCGGCUCAAACUCGCAAGUGAGGGCGGCCAAGAGCGUGGUGGCGGUGGCCAGCGUGUUUUUGGUCUGCUGGCUGACUCAUCUGCUUCUACGCAUCUCCAACAACUUCCACACCUCCUCGCUGGUGGUGGAGGUGGCCAGCUACAUCGCAGCCUCCUACACCUGCAUCAUCCCUUACAUAUUCCUGCACGGCAUCAAGAAGCUGACUUGCUCUUGCAAAAGGUAG